GGGGAGGGAGGGAUCGGGCGGGGAGGGAUCGGGCGCAGGGCACCGGGCCGGGGGGGCUGCGCUCCAGCUGCCCCGGCCCCAACAAGGGCGAUUUCUGGGGUAAAGACGCUUUUCCCGCCCGGUUUUAGUGACGCCGCCACCGUGUUGCUUCUCUGCAUUUUUUUCCGGGGAGCGGUGGUUUUGGAGACCGGCCGGGGUCAGCGCCCAGCAGACCGCCCCCUCCCCCAAAAAAAGAAUGCCACCGCUGAGAUUGUGACCCAUCCUUCCGUUGCAAAAUCGCGGGGUGCUUCUGCCCCCUCCCCCUGCCCUUGCUUCUCGGAAAGGACUUUGCAAUGCUGCGGCUCCCCAGGGGAGUGUCCCCCGCCCCGGGGAGGGGGGGCGCCGCCCUCCCGCCCCCCGCACCUCAGCACCACCCGAAGAAGGUCAUGUCGGUGAUGGGCUCCGUGGAGCGGGGGGUUUCCAGCCUGGGCAGCCCCCUGGUGCCCGCCGGCUCCUUCACCCAGGUCUACACGCCAGCGGCUGUCAGCGUCCCCGCUCCCCGGGACGGAGGUCUCUAUGGCACCCCCCAGAGCCCCCAGCUCAGGACCCUCCGCUCGGCAUCGGCGGGACGGCUGCCGGCCAAGAGGAAGCUGGACCUGGAGGGCCUCGAAUUCCGCACGCCCAAGGGGAAGGGCAGGACGCUGGCGCAGGUCCCCAGCCCCAGGACCCCCAAGUCUCCCGGUGAGAAGACUCGCUACGACACCUCGCUGGGGCUUCUCACCAAGAAAUUCAUCCGUUUGCUGAACGAGUCCCCUGACGGCGUCGUGGAUCUCAACCGCGCGGCCGAGGUGCUGGAGGUCCAGAAACGACGCAUCUACGACAUCACCAACGUGCUGGAGGGCAUCCAGCUCAUCCGCAAGAAGUCCAAGAACAACAUCCAGUGGAUGGGGACGGGGAUCUUUGAGGACGCGGCGGUGACGGCGAAGCAGCAGGCGCUGCGGGAGGAGCUGGCCGAGCUGGCCAGGACGGAGAGGACGCUGGACCAGCUUCUGCAGGACUGUGCCCUGCAGCUGCGGCAGCUGGCUGGUGACAAAGCCAAUCAGAGGCUGGCAUAUGUCACCUACCAGGACCUCCGCGCCAUCAGCAGCUUCCAGGAGCAGACGGUGAUCGUUGUGAAGGCCCCUCCCGAGAUGCAAAUGGAGGUGCCGGACCUCAGCGAGGACAACCUCCAGCUCCACCUCAAGAGCACCAAUGGCCCCAUCGAAGUUUAUCUCUGCCCGGAGGAGAUCCUGGAGGACAGCCCCACCAAGGACCACUGCGUCCCCUCCGCUGUCACCUCCCCACGGGACCACACCACAUCCCCUUGCCUACUAAACAACCCUGGGCCAGCCCCACACCCACCCCACCCCACCUCCCAGAGCUGGGGGGGCACGGGAACCCCCUCUUCACCCCCAUCUCUGCCUCUCGCUGUGCCGGGGGGGGCUGGCUCGCUGUUGGAGGUGGAAUCCGGGCUCCUGGGCUCCCCCCACCACCUCCUGCAGCAGACAGAGGACCAGCUGCCCUGUCCCCCCUCCCACCUGGACUCAGGACCCUUCAUCACCUUCUCACCCCCCCUGGAACAGGACGACUAUCUCUGGGGGCUGGAGGGUGAGGGCAUCACCGACCUCUUUGAGGCAUAUGACCUGGGUGACCUGCUGAAGCACUGACCCCCCGCCACUCCCCGUUGUCUUUGUUCCCUCUGGUCACUCGUGUCCUGAGCGUGUGGGGCCUCUGUGGGGCGGCUAGAGUGCGUGGGGUGGGUCAAGGAGCGCUGGGUUUUUGGCAGGUGGUGGUGGGGGGUCUGGUGUCAGCCACCUCGGGUGGCUUCUCCUCGCUCUCCUGGGUUGGUUGUCACCUGCGGGCUGUGUUUGUCACCUCACUGGGCUCUGGGAGGUUUAAGUCCUUGGGAAGGAUGCAGCCAGGUCCUGUUCCAGCACUGGGAUCCCCACUGUAACCCCACACUGGUUCUUCGGGGUCACAAUGGGUUGUUUCGAGCAGUGUUUCCCGCUGCCAUGGGUGGAAUAUCCUUAAAAAAAAUAAUCAGGUGGCAAAGCUGAAGUCACCUUUGGGUGACAAGGGGGUGAAGCUCAUAUGUGGGUGCUGUACCUGCAAAGUCAGCGGCUCUGGCAAAUCCCUGGCCAGGCCAUGGAGAGGGGGCCCCUCUCCCCCAGCCUGUACCAGCCCCACACAGCCUCUCGGAGCCACUGGUGCUGGGGAUAUCCAAACUGGAGUGUACUGGGAGGAGGGAUUUGGAGCUACUGGUGCUGGGGAUAUCCACACUGGAGCACACUGGGAGGAGGGAUGCUAUCAGCUGGUGACUGGGAGCAUCACUCGCGGUGAUGGGCUUGGGAUGCAGCACGGGACAAACCCCAGGACAUGGGGCUGGAUACGGCUUUGAAUUGUGUCAUUGCAAAAUAUAUGUAAUUAUUGCACUGUAUUUAUACGCCCCCCCGUUCAGCACAGCACUGGUGAGGGCCGGGUGGGUAUUUUGAUUUUUAAGCGAGUGUAUUUAAGUUGUCCUUCCUCGGGGGGUUCUGCUGCGGUUUGGCUUGGAGGCGGCAUGGGUGGGAGUGUGUUUUGGCGUGGAAAAACUUGUGGCACUUGAUGUCUUCUGCACGGGAGGGGAUAAAAUAAAACUUUGGAGUUAUAA